AUGUUGAUAUAUAAUCACAUUGAGCACUACAACAUCAAUUCAGAAGUUUCUCUACGUGAUGCUUUUCAAUGGAAAUUCGAUCAUUAUUCUUCAAGUUCAUGGGAAUUGUCUUGGUUGAAUAAUAUUAGUAUAUUGCAAGAUAAAGUUUGUGAAACAUUGUUGAGACCAAACGAAAUAAAACGAAGUAUUCAAGCACUGAGUUCUAUUAUUGAAUUUCACAAAGAAAUUUUUCAUCAAUAUCUUCAAUCGAACAAAUAUGAUGAGAUUUUCUCGAAGAUUUGUUACCGAUCUCCAUUGAACCAGAUUGUUUGUCAAUAUAUUGAACCAUUGGUCGGUCUUUUACGUGAUCCGCUAACGAUCUGCGAGUAUGAUAACAUUCCAUCCAACCUUCAGAUUGAUGAAGAGGCUGCGAUGCAGUCAAAACGAUUCUUUCUUCUUGGUCCAUCUGCACCGUAUCAAAAUUAUCAAACACCAAGUAAAAUCAUUGCUCCGUGGCUUUAUCGCCAAGGUUCACAGAAGAUUCUUUUUGAUAUUGGUUGUUCACUUUUUACGGGAACAACCAAUGAGACAGGUUCGAGCUCAUUGACAGGUGCUCGAUGGUUCUAUGAAUAUUUUCGUUCACAUUCGUUACAUUUUGAUCGUAUUAUUGCGUUCGAUCGAGCUAAUUAUCCGCCACACGUGUACUGGAAACAAAUACCUGCUGAUCUUAUGGGAAUAUUGACUUAUAUUUCUGUAGGAGUUGAGUCAAAUGGUAAAUAUAAUCCGUGGAAUAUCUUAAAAACAAUCGCGAAACGUGAUGAUUAUGUUCUUAUUAAACUUGAUAUCGAUACACCUACAUUAGAAAUGGAACUUGUAGAACAACUUAUAAAAAAUACAUCCAUUUCGUCAUUAAUUGAUGAGAUGUUUUUUGAAAUGCAUGUAACAGUAAAGGAAAUGAAACCUUAUUGGACAGAACCACCUGGUGAAUUGAAAGACACGUAUAAACUUUUCAAAAAACUAAGACAAAUGGGUAUAAGAAUGCAUUCAUGGCCUUAA